AUGCCUGCGUUUGACGAAACGUUCAUGUUGUUACGCCAGGAGCGGGUUGUCAUUUGCAGGUCGUGCCACCACGCCGUAUUGCCCGGUUCGGUUCGGACGCACGUUAACACACAACACCGGUAUUUGCCAAACCCGGAGCGGCGGCAAAUCGUCGAACGGGCGUUGGAGUUGGAGAAAGAAAGCGUUUUAUCAUCAGAUAUCAACCGCAUCCGGUUUCCCGGCCGAGAAGAUGCCGCCGUUCCGGAUUUGCCAGUUUGGACGGACGGCAAGAAGUGUUUGUUGACCGGGUCCCACGGCGCGGCCCAUGCGGGUAUAUUCGGCGACCGAGGCACGGCAUCCAAAUGUAUUGCGGUGACGUACACGGAUGGGUGGACGGGCGUGCGCGCGCGGUGGGAAGCCAGGCACCGUUGCACCCAGCGGCGAAGGCGAAGCGUGGAUCGAUGGCAUCCGUUGCCAGCGAUUCGGCCAGACCGGCGCGUUACAGCGGUUAUUUGA